GCUGGAGGAGGAGGCAGUGGCCUCGGCGGCUCCGGUCCCCCGGACCUCCGGACCCGGACCUGGGGGAGGGCUGGGUGGUCCUUCCCUUUUCCCAUCCUAAUGCCCUGUUCAAUUUUGGCUUCUAAGCUACAGAGACUACAAUUCUCCCCAGGCCUUCCUGAAAAGAAGCAGGGUGGCAUCCAUCCUCAUCCCAAUUCAAGUCCUUGAAAGUGGGGGAUGAAUGACCCAUGAGGAGGUGUGUGAAAAAAAUUGGUGAGGAAUAGGCCUAGAAGAAAAAUGGAGAAGAGCAACUCUAGGAGAGAAGAAUGAUUGGGACAAGUUGGAGGAUGGGGAAAAAUAGUAGAUAAACAGGUGAAUAAUGGCAGAUACAGGCCUGAUUGAGGCAGGGGCCUCAGCGGCCUCAGCAGCCACAGCCUUGGAGAACUUACAGGUAGAGGCAAGCUGUUCAGUGUGCCUGGAGUACCUGAAGGAGCCUGUCAUCAUUGAAUGUGGGCACAAUUUCUGCCGAGCCUGCAUUACCCGUUGGUGGGAAGAACUGGAAAGAGACUUCCCCUGCCCUGUUUGCCGAAAGACAUCACGCUAUCGCAGCCUCCGGCCCAACAGGCAACUAGGCAACAUGGUGGAAAUCGCCAAACAACUACAAGCUGUCAAGCGGAAGACCCGAGAUGAGAGCCUCUGCCCCCAGCACCAUGAAGCCCUUAACCUCUUUUGCUGUGAGGACCAGGAACCUGUAUGCUUGGUGUGCGAGAUCUCCCAUGCCCACCGGGCUCACACCAUCGUGCCACUGGAUGAUGCUGCACAGGAGUACAAGGAGAAGCUGCAAAAGUGUCUGGAGCCUCUGGAGCAGAAACUGCAGGAGAUCACCCAGUGCAAGUCAUCUGAAGAGAAGAAACCUGGGGAGCUCAAGCGUCGAGUAGAGAGUAGGCGACAGCAAAUUGCUGGGGAGUUUGAGGAAUUACAUCGACGGCUAGAGGAAGAACAGCAGCUUCUGCUCUCCAGACUAGAGGAGGAGGAACAAGAUAUCCUGCAGAGACUUCGGGAAAAUGCUGCCCAACUUGGGGAGCAACGUCGGGACCUUGCCCGCCUUGCUGCUGAGAUCGAGGGCAAGUGCCUGCAGUCAGGGUUCGAGAUGCUCAAGGAUGUCAAAAGCACACUGGAAAAAUGUGAGAAGGUGAAGACCAUGGAGGUGACCUCGGUCUCCAUUGAGCUGGAAAAGAACUUCAGCAGCUUCCCCCGACAGUACUUUGCCCUAAGGAAGAUCCUUAAACAGCUGAUGGCGGAUGUGACCCUGGACCCAGAGACAGCUCACCCUAACUUAGUCCUAUCAGAGGACCGAAAAAGUGUCAAGUUUGUGGAAACUCGUCUCCGGGACUUGCCUGAUACACCUCGGCGCUUUACCUUCUACCCCUGUGUCCUGGCCACAGAGGGCUUCACCUCAGGUCGCCACUAUUGGGAGGUGGAGGUGGGUGAUAAGACCCACUGGGCAGUAGGUGUGUGCCAGGACUCCGUGAGCCGAAAAGGCGAGCUAACUCCACUGCCUGAGACAGGCUACUGGAGGGUGCGACUGUGGAAUGGGGACAAAUAUGCAGCCACGACCUCACCUUUCACCCCUCUUCGCAUAAAAGUGAAACCCAAGCGGGUGGGUGUAUUCUUGGACUAUGAGGCCGGCACACUGUCUUUCUACAAUGUCACUGACCGCUCCCACAUCUAUACUUUUACUGAUACCUUCACUGAAAAACUUUGGCCACUCUUCUACCCGGGCAUCAGGGCUGGGCGGAAGAAUGCAGCACCUCUUACCAUCCGGCCACCCACAGAUUGGGAAUGAUGAUGGGAAGGGACAGGGUGGGAUGUUGAAGUUAUGAAGGUGACCAGGGAGACAGGUAUUUGGGAACUGUGUCUCUUAAUUGCCUGUGUCCUGCUGCUAGAGGUUUCCUUACUAUCAGGCUCAUGUCCUGUAUCCUCCUAGAAAAGAUGAGGUAGUGGGAGGGAAGAUUAUCCUAGGAAAGAGAGACUGGGCCUGGAAGAGAAAGUCUCAGAUCACACCUGGAAACUGGUCUCUUCCCAUUAUGUGAAGAAGGGGAAAGUGGUUUACUGAAGGUGAGGAUGUCUUGGUUGCCUGCACUGUGGUCCACCAGUUUCCUCAUUGUAAAAGGACUUUAGGGCUCCCUUCCUUUGAAAAAGGAAGUAGGAACCCUGAAGCCUCUGCUCACCCAUUUUGGGUGGUUCUAUAUGCCCAGGACAGUUUUGUUCCUUUGAGGGAAUCAGGAUAAUCUGUAUCCCUAGAAUGAAAUAAAAGUGAAUUGUCAGUCACAUGGGAAGAAGACUGUUGGUCUGGGGCAAGGGCUAAGAGAAGAUGGAGAAAGGAAAGUUAGGAAAGGGACUUGAAGAGGAGCCAGAGCUUCCAGCCAUAGGGAAAAAAUAGAACAUUAUUCCUCCAGCUUUCAUGGGGCCAUUCUACUUCACACACUCCACUGAUGAGGGUGGUGAAAGGGUAGAGGGAGAAAAAUGUGAGCCCAGAAAGAGAUGCCACUCAAAAUGAAUUUGUAAUAAGAGAUGGAGGAAGGAAUUAUUUCUCCUUGUCCUGGUCUUACAAGAGGCUUGGAUAGCUUUUAGCUAGAGUACAAAGGUAGUGGAGAAAGUAGCAUGAUAAAGAGGGGGAAAUGCUGGGAUUUGUAUUGGGGAGACAUAGGUUUAAAUCCUAGUUCUACCAUUUAGUUGUUGGGCCAGCCCCUUUCUCUUUUCAAACAUCAGUUACCUCCAUCUGUCAAAUGAUGGGAAUGAACUAGAAACAUAACCUCUGAGGUCCCGUCUUUUUUUAAUACUGGCUGUGCCAUUAAUGGAACUAGGAAAUGUUGCUCCUCACCAUCCACUCACUAAACUUAUAGCUAGGGUGGGCAGGGCUCAUAAUUGGGUUUCCUACAACCUGUUUUGAAAUCCUGGCCCCCAGUUUCUACCCAAAUCUAUUACCUACCAGGCUCAAAACUAGGUUUAGCCAAAGUAACCUGAAGGCAAAUAUGUUGCCAAAAGCAUUACAUAUUCCAAAAUCAAAUUGUCUAUGGCUGCAGAUAAUAAAGAUUUCACAUAUAAGUAAGCAUCAAUAUCACAAGCUUAAGAUUGGCCCUGGCUCUUUCUUUACCCACCCUGCCACCCUCCCCCACAACAACAAAAAAAACACAAAAGAAUUGGGCUUUUCCAUAAAGUCCUUUG